AGUAUUUAAAGACAUCAACUACAUUUAAAUAUUAAGAUCAGUUAUUUUUGAGAAGAUAUGAAGACACUGUGAUAGUUUAAUCAUAUAAUUAUUACUAGUUAUUGAAUUAUGCUUUUAAUUUUAAGACUUUGCUUUGUGUUGCUGCUGGUUGCUCGGUCCUGGGCAAGAAUAAGACAUUAUUUCAUCGCUGCAGUUGAAGUGAACUGGGAUUAUGCUCCGUCAGGACGAAACCUUGUUGGACCGGAUACUUACACAUCCCGGCGACUAAUUGAGAACCGUGAUAACCAGAUAGGCAGCGUCUACCGCAAGGUGCUCUACCGCGAGUUCACGGACGCGACAUUCACCCAGCAAAUACCUGUACCGGACUGGAUGGGAUUUGUCGGACCUACUGUAAAGGCGGAAGUAGGCGAUUCCGUCGUCAUUUCGUUCAGGAACAUGGCUUCAAAGGGGAAUUUCUCAGUUCAUCCACACGGAUAUUUCUACGACAAACGGGGAGAAGGUGCCCGUUACUUAGAUGGAACGUCAGGCGCAGAUAAGGUGGACGAUGGUAUCCCACCUGGCGGAUCCUAUGUCUAUACCUGGCACGUCACUGAGAGACACGCCCCUACGGCCGACGACGACGCCUGUGUCCCUUGGGGAUAUCACGGGCACACCGCCUCACCGUUCGACAUUGCUACUGGACUGGUCGGGUUCGCUCUUAUCUGCAAGAGAGGCACGCUUGAUGCCAAUGACAAACGCAAAGACGUGGACAAGGAGUUCGUUGUGUACGCCGAUAUCGCCGACGAAAGCAAGAGCUUUUUCUUUGAAGAAAGCAUCCAGAAGUGCGGAAAGCCAGGUGCUUGCAAAGCCAGGGCUAAUGCUGGUGAUGAAGACUUCAAACUGUCAAACGAAAUGCAUCACAUCAAUGGCUAUGUUUACGGCAACCAGCCCCCGUUCCAAAUGUGUCCUGGAGAACGAGCGGUCUUCUACGUCAUGUCAUUGAAUCUUGCCAGCCACAUCAUGAGAAUACUUGGACAUACCAUGAUUAUAAAGCAUAGGCGCACAGAGAACGCAUUGGUCAACUCGGCGAGUUUCCUUAGCGCGUACACUGUGGCCGCUCAUCCUGGUCAUUGGCUUCUUUACUGCCGAAACCUUGACCAUGUCAUUGAGGGUAUGCUUGCUUUCGUAGACGUAGAAAACAAACCAGUACCUUCAAACAUAGCUGGUUUAGGUCGAAGGUACGGUAGGAUGCGAACAUAUUACCUUGCCAUUGAAGAGAUCAUAUGGGAUUACGCACCAGGACUCACUCCUGACAGUUCCAGCUCCGAGUUCCUCCAACAAGGUCCAAACCGGAUUGGUUCCCGGUACAAGAAGGCUGUAUACCGUCUAUACACGGACGGCACAUUUACCACGCCAGUAAUAAGAGGACCCGAGGACAUUCACAUGGGUUUUACCGGUCCUCCUAUUAAAGGAGAAGAAGGGGAUGUUAUUAUGGUUGUCCUUUAUAAUAAAGCGUCCAGAGAAUACUCAUUUUUGGCCGGAGGUGUGUCCAUGUCAAAGGAAAAUGAAGGGGCCGUGUAUAAGCAAAAUGUUCAAGAUACAACAACAACUGGAGCUACCGUUACACCAGGAACGAUUCGCAGGUAUAAAUUCUUUGUAUCCUCGAUUGAUGCUCCGACAAAGAUCGACCAAGACUGCCUCACAUACAUCUAUCGCUCCGCUGUAGACCUAGAAAAAGAUUUCUACAGUGGGCUCUUUGGCCCCAUGCUUAUAUGUAAACCAGGGAAGCUCGACAAGCCUGGCAAGCCUGGCAAAAAGAGUCGCGUUGAAAGGGAGUUCUUCCUAAACUUUCUCGUGGUUAAUGAAAACCUUUCCCAUUAUCUGACCGAGAACAUCAACAUGUUUGCCACCUCCCCCGCAACUGUCGACCCUGAAGAUGAAGGGUUUCAACUUUCUAAUAAAAUCAGAGCCAUCAAUGGUUUUACAUUUGGAACACUACCCGGAUUGAACAUGUGUUAUGGAGAUCAGGUCACGUGGCAUGUGUACACGUUAGGGCCUGAUAUUGACAACCACCAUGUGACCUUUGAAGGCAACAACUUCGUGUUCGACGACAUGAAUAUUGAUACAGUGUCUGUUUUUCCGGGAAUGGGGCAUAGUGUCGACAUGAUCCCGGACCAACUUGGAUUAAAUAAGUUGCGUUGCGGUCAACUAGGUCUUGAGAAAGAAGGGAUGUUUGCUUGGUAUAACGUCGAUUCAUGUUAUAGUCGGUUGCGAAUUGGUCGUCUGCCAAAGCUUGGGAUCACGCGCCGGUAUUACAUCGGAGCAUUUAAUGUGGAAUGGGAUUACGCGCCAGUCAAAGUGCACCCCAUUACUGGGAAGAGUUUGUAUACUCCUACUAGUCCAAGUUACAUUUUCGUGAGAGGCGGGCCUGAUUUUGUUGGAAGUAUCUAUACUAAGACCGUGUACCGCGAAUUUACUGACAGCACAUUUACCAAGAUGAAACCUCAACAUGUGAACCUCGGAAUACUCGGUCCGUACAUACGCGGAAAUGUUGGAGACACAAUAGAAAUACAUUUGAAAAAUAUGGCAAACUUUCCAUUGAAUAUAGUCCCUAAAAACCUACCUUUUGCGGACGGGUCAGUUAUAAGCAGUGCAUUGCCUACGUUUCCAGGCACCGUUGGAAUAUAUAAAUAUUCUAUCCCUAAACGAUCUGGACCAAACAAAAACCAGCCAAAUUGUGUAGGAACUAUGUAUACCUCGCGGGUAGAUCCACUGAAAGAUGCACAUAGCGGUCUGAUUGGUCCAAUGGUAAUAUGCAAGGAAGAAACUCUUAAUGGAUAUGGCCAAAGAACUGAUGACAUUAGUGUUGAAUUCGCAACAGCUUACUUUAUCAUAGACGAAAAUCUGAGUCAUCAUAGUGCAGCCAAUUUUGCACUACGGGCACCCGGUAGAGUAGACGUUAAGAAUGCUGAUUUCGUAAAAAGCAAUAUGUAUUAUUCAAUAAACGGACUCAUUUAUGGAAACCUAGUUGACCUUACUAUGAGGUUAGGACAGAGGAGCGCUUGGUACGUCUUUGGAAUGGGUAUGGAAGACGACAUCCACACAGUGCAUUUCCAUGGACAGUUAUACAUCCGGAAUACAAAAUUAACGCUUCGAGGGGAUGUUCUAGAGGUUUUCGCGGGAACAUAUGAAACUGUAGAAAUGGAAGCAUACAAUCCGGGCACUUGGCUUUUUCAUUGUCACGUGAGCGGCCACGUGAUUAAUGGCAUGGAAACCGUCUACAAUGUUCUUCGAUGAUCCAUUUACCUAGGAAUGUGAUUUCAAGAGACAAAAAAGGUCACAGUCAUCUAUCAGCGUGUGUAUCAUCUUUGAAAUGUUGACUUAUACCAAAACACACACACAAACCACUAGAUCCUCUCGCCCUGUGGAAGAUUAUUUAUUAAUGCAUAUUGCAAUUCUAUCCUAUGAAGUGAACAGAGAUGAAACCUUAAUUGAAGUGAACUGUGGGACUACCUCAUGUGUCUAUCUUUGAGAUGUUUUAUUUAUGUGCCAUGAGAAUCGAAGAAGAAAAUUUAACAAUAAAUUGUCCGAGAUGGUAUAAACAGUUUUCAGCUGAUGUUUUUGAACGUGUUAAUAGGGUAGUAUAUUGAUAACAUGCGUUGAUUUACAUUAGAAUUUUGUGUGUUUUAUUAUAUUGAAACGCUGUAUUUGCUACGACGACGUCAAAUAUAGUGCAUAUGAAGAUAUUUAGACAGGCUACUGGACUACUCCGGGUAGUUUUCAUUGUAUAAUGACUUAAACUAGACAUGGUAUGUUUUUGGCUAGAGGUGUUGUAUCCAUUAAACUGUUUUGGCUGCUCUGAUGAGUUCCAUAUCAUGACGGAAAAACGUUUAAUCGUACGACUGAUGCAGCAUACAUGUAAUACUGUUAAUAAUACCGUCAAAGGGCUACAAACGCUGAUAAUAGUUAAAGAUUGUUACCAAGAAUUGUUUGGGUUAUCGUGUUGUAAGUCUGUGGCUCUAGUUCAGUGUCAUUUUGGCCCUCAAAGGGUUUAUAUUUGAAUUGUUGUCUUGUCCCUGUAGUUUAAUUGUAUUAUUAAAAAUGUCAUUGGAAACCCGGUUGUUUUUAAAAGACUACAUUAACACAGUUCAAAUAAAACUCACUGCCUUGGAGACGCGGAGAUCAAAACAUUUCCUUAGUUUCUUAGUAUUGUUUUAUUGUUGAGUUUCCUCAAGUUAAUGCAUACUUUGAUCAGAUUUACCUUUUAAGUUUUUACUUGAUUCAGGUUUGUUGGGAUAAGAGUUAGCUUGCACAUGCACACUGGAUGAAACCUUCAGUAUAUUUAAAUGUUACUGACCGUUCCAAGGCGGUACCUUGCAAUCUUUGAUUAACACACCUAGCUUUUAUAUAGUAUAUAUGUUUAUGUGUUGUUUGCGGAGUUUUGUGUUGUUGUUUCAUGUCUUGUUUGUUAUAUUUUUGUUUUAUGUGUUAUUUGUCUCUGGCGUUUACCCUGUGCCAUCAAACGGGGUUUAUGUUUAAAGUUUUGACUACUGAGCUUGUUUCUGAAGUGUUUUUAUAAAUAUUACAAUGUA